UCUUCAUAGUGAGAAGACGUGUACUUUUGAAUCAGUCUUGAAUGUUAAACCGGCCAAACAACACGUAUCUUUGGACUUAAAUUAUUUAUUUUGUGUGAUUUGUUCUUAUUUAUUAACAUUAUUUAAGUGGAUUACUUUGUGUAUUAAAACAGUCAUGGAUUUGAUGUGUAUUGAGACUGACGCUCCGAGGAGGGCUUACGAAGAUCCUGUUCUAAUACAAGACAGUCGUGUUUUGCAGAAUUUGCUAGCACUGGAAGACAGAUACCAACCAAAUCCAAAUUAUUUUAAAUGUGUUCAGACAGACAUUAAAAGAUACAUGCGAAAGAUGGUCGCCCAAUGGAUGUUAGAGGUUUGCGACGAACAGAGGUGUGAAGAAGAGGUGUUUCCAUUAUCAAUGAACUAUUUGGAUAGAUUUCUCUCAGUGUGUGAUACAUCAAGAACUAGACUUCAACUGCUUGGUGCAGCGUGCAUGUUUAUAGCAUCAAAAUUAAAAGAGACAUGUCCAAUAGCAGCGGAAAAACUUGUGAUAUAUACGGACCAUUCAAUAUCAUUUUCAAUGUUAAUGGAUAUGGAAUCAUUACUGUUAAGCAAAUUAAAGUGGGACCUUUCUGCAGUGACACCACAUGACUUUUUAGAACAAAUAUUAAGUAGACUUUCCUUAGAUAGACAUGAUAUGGACGUGAUUAAAAAACAUGCUCAGACGUUUGUGGCUUUAUGUGCAACAGACUGCAAGUUCAUGAUGUAUCCACCAUCUAUGAUCGCAGCUGGCAGUGUAGGGGCCGCAAUCCAUGGGUUGAGUAACGUCCAACAUCUUGACCUGAAGCUGCUGCAAAAACUGCACGAAAUCACAGGCAUUGAAUUGGACUGUCUUCGUGGUUGCCAAGAACAAAUAGAACAGACUCUAGCAGUGAAUUUGUCUACGAUGGCGCCCUCAAGUUCGGGGCUCGAGGAGACUUCGGCAUCAAAACUGGACCACACAAGCUCACUCACACAUACACCCCAACAUGAACAUUUGAAAGAACAGCCAACAACGCCCACUGAUGUUCAGGAUAUUCAUUUCGACUAGUGAUAGACUUUCUUACAACGAAAACACAAAAGUUGAAUAUAUAUAUUUUUUAUUUUAGUGAUAGUUACAAAUAUUUUUUACAAGUUUAUGCAUUUAGUGAUACUUACACGAGUGUCCGGAUGCUUGUUAUGGUGGAAAGAUUGUAACUCUCCUCGCUUAGUGCGCAAACCGUCUUGCAAAUGGACUUUGUCAACUGUUUAUAUGGUAUAUUUUAUGAUAUCAUCAAAAUGUACAGAACUGCCUAAUCUUAUACAAUUGUUAAAUCAUUCAUUACAAUAGAGACAGUGCCUUUAAUCACACAUGUUUAUAUAAUUCAAGCGAAAGACUGCCAGUCAUAAAGAAGCUCAUUAUAGGGACCAACCAUUUCGAGGACCAAGUUUUCUCUUUUUUCAAAUAACGCUCAAUUUUAUUCCUCAUUAUAUUUUGAUAACAUCUAAAUCAAGUCACUCCUUGUAUACACUAAUUGUUGCUAAGUUUCCAUACUUACCAUACCAUGUAUGAAAUGCAUGUAAAACAAGAUUCAUUAAUUAAUUUCGUGGUAUUCCUUCUCAGAAUAACUUCUUAUUCAAUCUUCAUUCUUUUUACAAAGUAGUAGAAUCUCAAUAAUUUCUUGUUUUUAAUCAGAUCUGGUUCAAAAGAUUUGACAGUUUGUACAACGAAGACAUAUAAGUGUUAAUAUAUCCUGUUCAGUGUUAAUUGUUUAAACGUUUUGAUAUGUUCAUAGUUACAUUGUUUAUGUAUAUUUUGCAUACAGUAUAUGUCUGUUGUGUAAUGAAAUACGCACAUAUAACAUAAAAAUAUCAAAGAAAAAAAUGUCAAAAAUCCUCCAAAAAAUCCUAAAAAUACAACCAUUUAGCCUUUAAAUAUAGACAUAGUUCUUUAACAUUGAUGACAUCUUGUAAUGUUCUGAAAGGGACUAUCUGCUAAAAGUUUAAAACAACAAGUUAACCUUUGGAAAUGACAUUGAACAAUUUUGAAAAAGACUUUAAACAAAAUGUGUAUAUAUCUAUCCUAAAUAUGUGAUAUUUUCCUCAUUAUUCAUUACCAUGGUUUCACACUAAUUCAUUUACCAUGGUUUCACACUAAUUCAUUUACCAUUGUUUCUCACUAAUUCAUUUACUGAUCAAAGAUGGUCACUUACGCAUCCAAAGUCAUAUUUACAUAUCCAUGUUUUGAUUGACCCAGUUACUCCCCACUGUCCACAUUUGGACCAGACUUUCAUACUUUCAUUAUCAUGACCUUUUCAUCCCAUGCUUCAUGCAGCCAGCUAUACAUGUGUUGACCAU